AUGAAAUUGAUUCGGUCUAUCAUUAGCAGCGCUGCUGCAGCUGCGUGUGCCAGAGCUGUUUCUGCAGCUGCCCAACAUCGGCUUCGUGAGCCUUCCCGCGUAACAGCCGAUUUCAUUUUCCAAAAUGGAUCGAUCUACACCCUGGACCCGUCAUCGACGAAAGCCAGCGCUAUAGCCAUCAAGAACGGCACUAUCGUUCACGUUGGCAGUGAUGCUGAUGUCAAGCGCUUCAUUGGGAGCGAAACCAACAUCAUCAACCUCGAGGGCCGCAUGGCCAUGCCGGGGCUCAUCGAUGUACACAUGCAUGUGCUGCAGGCUGGUCAGAAUUUACUCAAAUGUGACUUCAACUACCAACGCCUUCGCCGUCAACAGGUGCUGGACCAUCUGCAGGUCUGCAUUGACACUGAAGAAACCGCCGAAGAUGCUUGGCUCGAUGCUGUCAACUUGAACUACGUCUCCCUAGCCAUGGACGGCGAAACUCUUUCCAAGGCGGACCUCGACACUCUCAACACGACACGGCCUAUGUCCCUGCGGUCAAACGAUUACCACACGUUUGUGCUCAAUUCACGAGCAUUGCAGAUCUCAAACAUCACCGCAUCGACAGUCAACCCUCCAGGCGGUGUCAUUGAGCGCCUAGGCGGAACACAGGAACCGUCUGGUAUUCUAUUAGAUGGUGCUAAUAUACUCAUAGCCGGUCCUCCCGCCUUCACUGAUGAAGAGAAUGCCGAGGCCGGGCGAGCCGCCCAGCAAAUCCUCCGUCAGAACGGUAUUACGACUUGGCAAGACGCCCUGGCCACAGACGAGCACUGGGGUCCUUGGAACCUGCUAAGGCAGAAUUCCGAACUCAGCUCCCGUGGUUACUUUGACUAUCGCAUUCAGCCCCCUGCUACCUUGGCAGCUGUUGAUGUCGUCGUCGCCGAAACCAUCUCUCUACUUCGCUCUCGAAACGACAACUCGACUAUUGCAGCGCAGCCGACUCUCAAAUGGCAGGCGAUAAAGGCUUUGUUGGACGGUAUUAUGCCAUUCACAGCCCGGACUGCGGCCAACACCGACCCCUUCUGGCUUCCUAUGGGCAAUCGAACAAACAACACCCAGGAGUGGGCCCCUGACCCAAGUGCAAUUGCGCCAUUGUAUUGGGAUCCCGAGAUCUUGACCAAGACUCUUGAGGGACUCUGGUUGGGCGGUGUUGAUGCCCAUUUACAUGUUGAUGGUGAUCGUGCCGUUCAUGUCAGUUUAGACGCUGCGGAUGCCUAUCACCGUGCGCAUCCUGACGCGCCUCCCCUGCGUCUCGCUCUCGCACAUGCCAGCCUCACCCUCGAAGAAGACUGGCCACGUUUUGCAGAGCUUGGUGUCGACGCAGUAUACCAAUUCCAGUUCUCUCAAUUGGCUCCCAUGUGGGUCCCAGACACGUUGCGAAGCAUCGGCGAAUAUCGAAUGGACAACCUCGAUGCCUACGCGAAGAUAGAGGCAGAAGGAAGGCCUGUGAUACAUGGGAGCGACUGGCCUGUCGAUCCUCUCGACGUGUGGUUGGCCUUCAAAGCCGGGGUGACACGUCGAGGUGACCCAUCCAAUCCCAACUCCGCGGCGUCAUUCAGUGAGCUCUACAAUGGUCCAUUUCCAGGACCAGGUAUUUCCCGCGAGUCGGUUUUGAGAGCAGCCACCAUCAAUGGAGCCAAGUUUCUACGAGCAGAUGAACAGAUUGGAUCUCUGGAAGUCGGAAAGCUCGCUGAUGUUAUCGUCAUUGAGAGGAAUUUCUUUGAAGUCCCCGACGAAGAACUUGGUAGGAACAAGGUUUUGCUCACUAUGCUUGGAGGCGAAGUUGUAUAUCUCGAGGACGGGGCUCAAUCUACCUUUGGCAGGAGCAUUACACCCAAGUUUCCCAAUGACAAUUCGGUUGCGGAGAGGAUGGCCCGGAGGAUUGUAGGCGGCGUUCAUGGAGAAGAGCUGGAUGUUCAUGCUAAAGCUGAGAUUGCCAGAAUAAGGAAGCGGCAGGGAUGCGGGCAUGGACAUGUCCACUAG